GCAAAAAGCUGAGAAAAUCGAAGACAUAACCAAGGAAAACAAAUGACUGAAAACAUCACCUUUGCCAAGUAAUGAAGAAACUUGCAAUAUGAUUACUAAAUAUCGCAGGAGUAUGAUCUACAUUCCAGAUCUCAGACUCAUUGCCGCCCGGUGCGAGAGAAUAUCUUUUUCAUCAAACGCACGAUCAUGCAUGAGUUCUUAUGAUCCACGUAUAUUGCCGAACAGAGGGAAUGGGCCAAUAACGAGCCGUGCUUAAGAAGUGCUGAAGAAUAUCGGAAUGCAACAUAUAAGAGCAUUCUUCAAGCUUGAAAUCAGGCUAACAAUUUUUCAGAUAUCAGUUCAAUGAGGAUUUUUGCGCCUUGCUUCGCUACCCUCUGUCUUGUAGCAGCUGUGGCUGCUUCCGAAUUUAUGAGUUUCGCAGUCUAUCAGAAGGAAUACAUGGAGCUCAGAUCAUGUCACAACGCCCUCUAUACCACCGCAAGCUUCUGCUCCGAUCAAAGCUCGAGGUCUUAUGAGUGCUACUGCUCGAAUGAAAACGCAAUGGCUUCAUUAGCAGGCUGCGCUCAGUACCUUAAGGAAGAUACCACGGACUUCUUCAGGUACUUUGUCAGUUAUUGUGCCACACAGGAUGUCACCAUCACCAUCUCAGAUCUUGAUGAUUCGCUAGACUAUCUCAGUGAAAAUGGAGAGAAUUUCACUGAAGUAUCCAAAUCAUUGAGUGCCAGAAGCUACGACCUGCUUCAGGAAAGCAGCACCACUAAAUCAUUAGAUAUAAAUGACUACUCUCCAAAACUGUUUCGGAAAACAGGAUCCAGCUCGGCCAAUAUCAUUGAUUACCCUAUUUACGUCAAUGAAACAUUGGCCACCCUGUACUUCCACGCCUAUGAAGCAUUCUAUGGAAACUUUAACUGGUCAUAUUGGUUCUCCGAUGCACUCUAUGCUUAUUGGGCUUUUGCGUUUGUCGUUGCAGCUGCCUGCAAUUGGUCCGUUGUUGUGUUUCCAAGUUUAAGAAGCACGUGUAACGGACCCAUUUCGAAAGCGUGGAGAAAAUAUAUUACUUUACCGGCUCUCGUCAAAAAGAAGAAGACUAAUCAUCAGGAAUUCUUCGGAAUUUUCAACUUCCUUGUCCCAUCAAGAUUAGAAACCAUCAUUCUUUCGGGCUUUUUUUGGAUGACUUUUCUUUUUAAUGCAUUAUACAUGGACUGGGAAGAAGGGAACCCAUUGUUUGAAACCCGAUACUCUGCAGUGUUGCGAUACGUUUCAGACAGGACAGGUGUUAUCGGAACAAUGCUACUUCCGAUGUUGAUCUUGAUUGGGGGGAGAAACAAUUUUCUUCAGUGGUUCACGCGGUGGAAGUUCUCAACAUUUGUGUUAUACCACAGAUGGAUUGGGAGGGUCAUCGUGGCUUUGGUAUUUGUGCACUCUAUUGCUUACACAGUUAUCUUCGUCAAAGCUGGAAACUAUGCUGCACGUAUGAGCAGGGAGUACAUGAUCUAUGGUGUUGUCGGAACUGUGGCUGGGGCUGUUAUUUGCUUUCAAGGCUUGCUCUUCUUGCGUCGUCAAUUCUAUGAAGUAUUUUUGGCCAUCCAUAUUAUGAUGGCACUUGCAUUUGUUUUAGGUGCUUGGAGGCACCUUGAGAACCGGAUGUUCAUGGAAUGGGUAUUUGCAUCCGUUGCCGUGUGGUCAUUUGACAGACUUGUCAGAAUUCUCCGGAUGAUCUGGUUUGGCUUUCCCCAGGCUACUGUGACUUUGCUUGCCGAUGACUGCUUGCGAGUGGUGGUUCCAAAACCGAACCACUGGCCUUCCGUGCCUGGUGGUCAUGCAUGGGUGUACUUCUGCCACAGUUGGUAUUUCUGGCAAUCGCACCCAUUUACGUUCUUGGACUCCACCGUUGAAGAAAACAAAAUUGUCUUCGUUCUCAAGACAAAGAAAGGUGCCACCAAUUAUCUCACCAAAUUGUUGGCAACGAGACCUGGAAAGACAGGUACUAUCAGGGUCUGCGUGGAAGGACCAUAUGGCGAAGCUUGUUCUGUCAAGCACCAGGAUAAUGUUGUGUUUGUUGCCGGAGGAAAUGGAAUCCCAGGCAUUUUCUCGGAAUGCUACGACUUGGCUCAAAAGUCUGCAAACAAUGCUAAACAGUGGAUCAAAUUAAUCUGGGUCCUUCGUGAAAUCCUGACCAUUGAAUGGGUCUGGGAAGAAUUGAGUUCCUUGAAGAACACCAAGGUGGAAGCAACAGUCUACAUCACUAGACCUGAAGGGGGUAACGACGACAUUCUUCUUGAGCGCAUGUCCACAAACGACGAGUCAUCCGCUGAAGAAAAGGAUUUAUCCAGCAAAGAAGGUAAAAGCACCAUCGAGCUUCUCAGUGAGUACUUUCCACAUGUAACCUUUAAAUCCGGUCGUCCGCUGAUGGAUGCUAUUGUUGAUGAGGAGACCGAGGAAGCUGCCAGCAGUGCUGCAUUCAUUACUUGUGGGCAUCCCAUUAUGGUGGAUGACUUGAGAUAUGCUGUUGUCCAGAAAAUCGACAAGACCGAGAAGCGUGUCGAUUUCUUUGAGCAGUUGCAGGUCUGGGCUUAAUUCUCAAUUCUGUGGCGAGAUUGAUUACUAGAAUUUUCUAAUUGAAUUGAAGAUCCUCUGACUACUAAGGAGAGUCAAUGAUCCGCCGUUAUGGUGAGUUCCGGUAUGCAAGAUUCAAUACUCCAGUGCAGUUACUACCAUUUCGUGCAAUUCAAACACGGACUAAAGUACAUGGUGAUGUCUAGAUAAUAGCACUGAUCAAUCACCUUGACCAUAUAUAGGUACAAUUCUGCAACGAAGAAG